AUGCACCACCAUCAUCAACCACAUCAUCACGGUCAUCAUGGCCAUCAUCGCAGAAACCAUUCAAAUAUUGACAUUGAACAAAUCUAUCAAUUGUAUGAUUUUCCAUUUGAAGCCAUCUUUGAUGUUUCGGAAGCAAAAGAAGAAUUCAGACAAUAUUUGAAAAAAGAACACAACGAAGAGCCAUUCUUAUUCUAUGAAGAUGUUGAAGAGUAUAAACGAUUGAAAUUUGAAGAAAACAAAGCAAAGAAAGCCAUCGCUAUAUUCAAGAAUUACAUUUUACCCUAUAGUCCUCAUGAAAUUAACAUUUCCUCUCAGUUCAGACAAAAUGCAGUCAAAGCCUUUGAGCAGUCAGGUCAACUGCAAAACGAAAAGGCCGUUUUAAUUCAGGACAACAUUUUUGAUGAGAUACAAUCCUCUAUCUUUUAUAAUUUGAAAAACGAUAAUUAUCCUCGGUUCACUACAUCACAACAAUUCAAAAACUUUCUCAAACACAAAGAUAUCUCUUUCAUUUCAAUGAUUGCCACCAAAAAAAACAACAAAUAUAUGGACUUUAUUCCCAAGUUUGAUGGUCCAAUAUGUGAUAGAGAUAUUCAAUUCUUCUCAUUCAUGAGUUUUAACGAUGACUUGGAUGUGUGGGAUGAAGUGAAGGUCGGAGAUGAUGGAAGAAGAGCUUGCUAUCUUUCUAAAAAAGAGUUUUGUCUCAAUGACCAAUUAGAGUGUGAAGAGAAAAUGACUGGAAAAUUAAUGAAACAAAUCUUUAUUGUUCCUUGUAAGAAAGAGGAAGCGUUCAACGUUUUUGCACAUACACAUUUGAGGAAAGAAAUUUUAGAUGUUGAGAGCAUCAAUCAAGUAGAUUUCAAUCCAAUUUCUCCUAAUAACAAGUAUGCUCAAUCUAUACUCCAUAUUCAGAUGCAAAUGAAAGGUUUCAGUUGGAUUAUGAAACCACGUGAGACAGUAGCUGCUCUUACAACUAUCUAUGACACAAAAAGACAGACGUAUGGAGUCAUGCUCAAGUCUACAGAGUCAUUGCUCGUUCCUAAUCGAAAGUCACACAUACGCUUUAAAAUUCUAUCAUCAACAUUCAUGCAAGAUUGUCCACUCAACGCCCAGAUCACAAAACAAAAGGAAUUGAAGAGAAAAAGUAUAUCAUCUCUGAAAAACAAUCCUAGCUCUAGCUCAUCAUCGAUUAGCUCAUUGGAUGGACAGAACGCAGCUUCAAGCUCUGGCUCAUUUUCCAACAAUUACGGUGAUAGUAGAAGACAAAGUUCUGUCACGGAGGAGGAUGACUCUUCAGAGAGCUCUGAAUCAUUUGGUUCAGCUGAGCAUGCAUGCAAAGUUACUGUUGUUUCGUUUGUAGAAUUGAAAGUGCAAUCUGCAUUCGUCAUCAAGAAGAUCCUGAAUUCGAAAAACAAACAUGGUUACGCUCGGUUUUUAGCUGCUGUUAAAGACUCCAAAGUCAGAGCAUUCCCCAGGCCCAAGUUCAGUGAAGGGUUAAUGGAGACGUUCGAGAGUUUUAAAGAUCACUAUCUUGCAAACAAUCCUGAAGCAGAGAUGACAUGGGAGCUGAUCAAUGACGAUGAGCUUCAUGACAUGGUCACAACUCCAGAAAAGAAUAAAACAGUGUUUUAA